AUGCAAUUACACACCAUAAAACUCGCGUCAUCAUUCCUAGCCGCCGUACUAUUAUCAUUAAUCAGUGGGGUUCCAUAUCUGUUUUCUACAUAUGGCCCAGCAUAUGCAGAACGACUGAAUUUUUCUUCUAUGCAAAUAAACACAAUUGCGAUCGCUGGGAACUAUGGAUUAUUUUUUUCGAAUCCAUUCUUUGGAUAUAUCGCAGAUAAUUAUAGUCCGAAAUUGUCAACUUUAUUGGGUUCAGUUCUUUUCUUUAGUAACUUCUUAUGUAUGGCCUUAACCUACAAUGGGACACUUCCACCUUAUUUCCUGUUAUGUCUUAUAUAUCAAUUAUUGGUUGGAAUGGGUUCGGCAGCAGGAUUAAUGGCGACUCUUACGACCCAAGUAAAAAAUUUAUCUCAUCGAAAAGGAAUAGCACUGAGCGUCCCAUUGGCGUGUUUUGCACUUUCUGCAUUAGUAUUUUCACAAAUCGAAAAUUUCUUUUUUCGAACAAAUGUUUAUCACUUUCUAUUAUUUAUGGCAUUUAGUACAGGAAUUGGCGAUUUGAUUGCGAGUUUUUUUUUAAAGGUUGUUCCAAUGCCUUCAGAUUCCUCGCAGAAUCAAAUUAAUGAGCAACAAUCAAUUCAUAUAAGAAGUCAACAUCAAGAAAUUGCAAUAACAGCAGCAACAAAAUUAAUAAUAUAUAGAGAGAGAUCGGAGCAAGAUAUUAACAACGAAGAUAAAGAUGAUACCAAAAAUAUUACCGUAACAUCGACUUCAUAUUCUGCAACUACAUCCAAUUAUUACUUUUCUACUACUACUGCUGCACCAUCAGAAACAACACCACUAAUAGAAAGAGGAUACAUUGACUCCAAUACGGCAAUCGGUGGCUUUCAAUUCUUUGCAAACUCUGAUGCCAGGGUUUUGUUUUUCAUCGUAUUACUAAUCGGUGGACCGGGACUAAUGUACUUCAACAAUGUGUCAACAGUUAUCAAAUUUCUAAAUUCACACCCAGAAUCUUCAUUAACAACUGAAGAACUAGAACAAAUGCAAAAAUUACAAAAUUUGCAUGUGUCAUUACUCUCGAUCUCUUCUUGUGUUGGAAGAUUUUUGACGGGAUUCUUUUCUGAUUUCAUGCUGACUGUUUUCCAGUUACGACGACUUUGGUUCUUGAUCUUGGCAGGGACUUGGCUUUCGAUUGGACAUUUUAUGGCAGGUGUUAUUGUGACGAACUUGGAAAAUUUGUGGUUGGCGAGUACAAUUAUUGGGUUUGGAUUUGGAAGUAUGUUUGGUAUUGUGCCGACUAUUACAAGUGAAUGGUUUGGAAUCAGAAAGUUUGGCUUAAAUUGGGGUUUCCUAUCAUAUGCAAUUCCAAUUGGUGGUCAUUUAUUUUGCGCAAUCUUUGCCUACAACAAAGAUAUAAUCCAAGAACCUGCUUGCUUUGGCCCCGAUUGUUUCAAUCGUGUAUUUCUAUUAAGUUCUAUAGCUUGUGUCUUUAGUGUUUUGUUGGCCGUUGGUCUUUUUUGGCGAAGAUUGCAGAGAGGUCGGACAAUUUAUCAGGUUACGGAUACAAGAGAAAAUGAAUUGUUUUAUUAG